AUGGCACACUUUCUCAAUCGAGUGAAAACAGUUCUUCGGAGAGGCAAACGGAGCUCAACUUGUGCAGGACCCAAGGAAUCAGUAUGGAAAAGACUUCCCUCUCAUGUCUUGGUGAACAUCUUGGCUUUUUGCGAGCUAAAGGACAUCGGCUCUAUAUCUUUAAGCUGCCGAUUGUUGCAUGAUCGAGUGGCUAAGCAGGAAUUUUCCAUUGCCUGGGCAUAUAUUCAGCUUCGCAAACAGAUGCACCAAACAGGCCAUCCUCUCGAUGGGUUCCUAUCCCCAGGAGAUGACAUCGCCUUCAUCUGCGAGCUGUUCCCACCUCCACCUCCAGAGUACAGUUCGGUCGUCGAUGAUAGCGCAGGAUAUUCUUUGGGAUAUCUCGGUGACCUGAAACGAUGCUGGAAUACUUGUAUUCGUCUGUCCUAUCAUCUGGCGGCCCACGUAGUGGAGCAUCAUCUGGAAACCGAUCCAAUUGCUCAGCCUCUGUGGUCUUCUUCUAAAACGGAAAAAGAGCUUGUGUAUAGCAGAGCAGUGGCAGCACUACAAGCCAAACUUGUCGCAUAUGCGGUAUUCUUCCUGGAGGCUUCUGCUGUCUCGGCCCAUGAUUCGCAUAAUUCACAUCAUCAUACACACGAGCUAGCGUCGUCCGUCAAACGGCAACAAUCGAUUCUCCAAAAGGCACCGUUCACGGAUACACAUAUAUUCCUCUCAACCCAUCACUGCAUGCAGCUCCUUUUCUCAACGGUACAGCGCCUAAUGGGGCCGGAGAUUCCCCAUUCCUCUGCCGAAAGCUGGAUAAGUCUUCUUCUCACUACCUCGACUAUAGAAAGGAUUGUCAGCUUCUUCCUUGCAAUCGCGCAAGAUGACCAUAAAAAGCAGAAGGGCGCGCAUGAUUCUACGUGGUCCCAUCGAAAAGAGUUCCUGUUACGGAUGCGACAAGAUCUGAACGACUAUGUGGCAACAAUGAGCAACCAUGGCGAACACAUGGAUGAUGGGCCAGAGCUAAAUCAUGUGUGGUUUCAAGCAGCAUCUGAUGAGAUGGAUCGACGAGGGGCGAUUCCGCAUACUGUUGAAGACACAGAAGUACAUAUUCUUCACGGCUCCGUCGUGAAGCUGCAGUGCGGGUCCUGUUACGACCAUUAUAACAAAUGA